AUGAUGAGCGCAGCCUCAUUCAUGAUGCCUCUAGGCGAGCGUCCCCCGCAAUACCGUACUCCGUCGCCUCCGCGACGCGCCGUCGAGCCCAUCACACCCUCGACCGCCGAUUUUCGAGCAUCGUGGACGGAGCGCAGUAUUGCACGGGCUGCUAGCCUCGAUCACGAUCAGCGCCCGUCAAACCAUGCUCGGAUUCCCCCCGCGGAUGCUGGCUCUCAUCACCGGUCGGGACAUGGCCGCUCAAAUUCCACCAUCGACACGCUUGCGACGAUUGCCCUCGCAACAAGCCCUACCUUCGCUCCGCUCCCGCCUCGCCUAUCCUCUCCCAAUUCCCGAUCGAACAUCCCCUUAUUUCCUCCCGAGCCUCAGAAUGCCGAACGACCCGCGAAAAGGCCUCGAUCAGAGCGUGAUCCAUCCCCGUACCGUUCUUCCUCCUCUCGGGCAAUGCCGCCAGCCAACAACCCUCAACCGUCAAUUUUGGAUAGCAUGAAAACAGAUGCUGAGCUCUUGCUCAAUUUCGCUCGACCCACCAGCUUCCAACCGAGCAGCCAUCACAUGAAACGAGUUAGUAUCGACGAAACCUAUCAUCACCACAACAAUCUCUACGGAGGUGACUCGAUGCGACAUAAUCGAUUUGGGUUUCCUUAUGCUGAGCAUAGUGGCUCCCCGGAGGAAUCAAAGCUCGCGUAUCACUAUGCCGAGGAUCACAUUCCGCAGUCACGUAUGAGGUCGCGUUCUGAUGGAUCUGCAUUCAUCUCGCGCCCGGUCAUCCGUGGCGUGCGGCCCACCACCAGCGCGGGUACGCUCGCUCCUAUCGUCUGGGAAGAAGACAACGAAGACGGCACUUCAACGACGGGGGUGUCGCGUUACGCGGGAUACGGCGACGCCAGAUCCAUCGGUCCACAACAGGAGCCCCAUCGUUCUCAUCAAACAAUGGACGUGACGCCCAAGGUUGAAGAAGAAGAGGAUGGAAGUGACACGAAUCAGGCAAGCUGUGCCGCGUGUCAUAUGGUGCGGAUCCCUAUGGUGCCCGAAGAACAACAAGAAGAAGAUACGUGGAUUGGCUGCGACGGGUGCAAGCGCUGGUUUCAUAUCGUCUGUGCCGGGUUCAAGAACGAUCGUGAAGUCCGCACCGUGGAUAAGUUUAUUUGUCGUAACUGCCGAUCUACUCAUGGGCAAACGACCUUUGUUCGCAAAUCUUCCAGGGCUCGGACCGCAAUCGACUAUGCUGGUCUUAAUCAGGGCGUGGUGAAGGCGGCGUCGGAUUCAAUGGAGCAUCAUUACCUCGAGCCUAUUCGCCAAGGCAAAAUUAGAUUCCUUCCUGAGAAGUUCCCCAGGAUGAAGCCCGAGCUGGUAACUGCUGAAUACUUUGAACGGGGCAAUGGGUGGACGGAGCCAGUUGUGAUACCCGCUGCUUGGAAUACUCGGGAACCCGUUCCAGAGGUGGACGCAGAUUUCGAGUCUCUCGUGCAAGAAGCUUCCACUCAGGAGAUGUUUGACGAUUUGCUUGAGCACCUCGACGAACACGAGACGCGCCUUCGGGAAACUAUUGACUGUGGACAAGAUCAGCUGGAUAUGGUCAUUCCGCAAGGGUUGACCGUCCGUGCUGUAGCUGAACUAUAUGGCCCCGAAGAACGGGUUGAAGUCAUCGAUGUCAAAUCGCAACAAGGAGAAGAGAAGAGGUGGAACAUGCAGAAGUGGGCUGAUUACUACGAGAGCAACGAGCCAGACAAACCAGUGCGGAACGUCAUCAGCCUCGAAGUCUCGCAGAGCAGGUUAGGCAGACUUAUCAAGCGACCCAAGGUCGUGCGUGAUCUUGAUCUGCAGGAUGCAGUGUGGCCAGACGAGCUCAAGGCCAUUGGCGACUAUCCCAAGGUUCAGUUCUAUUGUCUCAUGUCCGUUGCCGACUGUUAUACCGAUUUCCACAUCGACUUUGGCGGAUCAUCGGUGUAUUACCACAUCCUCAAGGGAAAGAAGACGUUCUUUUUCAUCCCUCCGAAAGACAAGCACCUGAAGAAGUACGAGGAGUGGUGCAAUUCUCCCGCCCAAGAUUCGAUAUUUCUCGGGAAUCAGACAAAGGAGUGCUAUCGCGUGGAUCUGUCGGAGGGUGAUACCAUGUUGAUCCCCUCAGGAUGGAUCCAUGCCGUCUGGACUCCGGAGAACAGCCUGGUCAUUGGUGGCAACUUCCUCACCAGACUGAACUAUGGCAUGCAGAUAAAGGUGCUCAACAUCGAGAAGGAGACCAAAGUCCCCAAGAAGUUCCGCUAUCCUUUCUUCCAAAAGAUUCAAUGGUAUACAGCGAUACGAUACUUGGACGAUGAUCCCAUUCCGCAAAAUGUUAUGGACGCAUUCGCGCAGGACGAGAACUAUCGAUUCCACCGGCAUCACCCUAUUUACUAUGAGUUUGGGGAACUUGCCAAUCAAGAGCCUGCGGGAUCACCAUACUUCAACGCUCGAUUCUACUCUCAGGCUGAGCUGGAAGGACUGCCUGAGUUGACCAAGUACCUUUUGCGGACAGCGCUCAUUGCCAGCUCGUACAACGUUGAGGGAGUCACCAUAGAAGUUCGCAAUGCGGUCAGACGGUCCAUUCCAAAGGGUAUCGGUGACCCUGUGGACAUGAUCAGGAAAUUUGGUAUCUGGGUUUCCUGGAAGCGCGGAAAUGAGAAAGCGCCGCAGUGGACUCGUCUGGGCGUUAUCGAAUCGAACCCCAAGGUUUCUCUCACCGAGAAGAAGUCCUCUGGGCGUCCGAGCCGACGAUCUGAACGUAAUGUCGACAGCCAGCGCACCUAUGCUGAGCGGCAAGCAGUCCAGCGUCCAUCGGAUGAAGCUAUUACCACACCUGCUCCACCUGUCGACAAUACCCUGCCAGUCUAUCCGCCAACAGAAAGUGCCACACCGGUGCCAGCCGCGUUUCUCCCCGAGUUUGUCGCUCAAGAAGCGUCAUCGGCGCCUAAGCCCCGACCUGCGCCGCGUGGAUCUGGCUUAGGACCCAAGCGUGUGGCCUGUGAUGCAUGUCGCCGUCGCCGGAUUCGUUGUCGUCAUAAGGAUGAGCCGAAUGACUUGGGAAUGUUGGGUGGACAAUUGGGUAUGAACGGCUUUGGUGCUACCUCAGGCCUCAGUACUCCGUCCUCACUGGCGCAAGAUGCUGUCUCUGCAUUGAACUCUUUGGCGGCGAUUGCUUCUCAAGCUGGAUUCCAGAGCAACGGCGUGGUUGGCUUUGAUCGAUUUGAGGGCUCUGGUAAGUUCCACUCAGCAGUCAUGAGUACGUCAACAGCUGCCGCCAACCGACUCAAUGACUUGAGCCCCGAUGGAGUCAACGGUGGGAAAAAGGGACGCAGCAAGGCGUGUGACGAUUGUCGUAAGAGCAAGCGCCGUUGCAUCCAUGACGAGUACGGUCGAGUUGACCCGAUCAAAGCUCAAGAACGCUCCAAGCCUCGCGGAACGGCCUCAUCAAAGCGGCCUCGGCCUAAUGAAGACGAGGCUGCUCCUGCACCUGCCAAGAAGACUAAACAGGAGAGCACGUCGCCGAUCACGCAUCCCAUGAACUUCGAGGGAUAUGCUGCUACUGCAGUUGUCCCACAGGAUGUAUCGGAUGCUGGUAUUGUCGCAUACGACGCUGUCGGUCACCUUCAACCUCAGCCAAGCAAAGUCGCCGAGGUGGUGACUGUUGGCCAUGCCUUGUAUGCAUCACCUCCGGUCCUCCAUGUCGACUCGGUAGACAUCAAGGAUACAAAUCCAUUGGCUGCCUCUUCCAAACCAACCACGUCCUUAGUGUCCCCACCUACGUCGCUGGCCGAUGAAAUGGAUGUGGUGCAGGACGGUGAACCACUCGCAUCAGUGGAGGGGGAAGCACACACUACCCUUUACACGCCAAACUCCAGCUCUCGUCACUCAUCCCGUCAACCUAGACAUGUCGAGCGUUUUGUCCCAGAACCUACAGCCCCUCGCCCUUCGAAACCUGCGACGUCACAUACCGCACGCCGGACUACUCCCGGCCCCUCAUCGGCUAGGAAACCAUCCUCUCGCCCUUCUUCAUCCCACGCCAAGAAGAGCUCGCCAAUGGUUGAAAAGCGCUUCGAUCGACAUGCCACCACCUCCAUGUCUCCCCAUCAAUCCAAACAUGCCAAGCAUCGCAUCGAAGAUGAUGCAGAUGCCGAGAGUCUCCGCUUGAUCCGUGAACUUCAAGAAGAGGAGUUUGGUCUAAGGCGAAGACGUGGCUAG